CGACGCUCCAGACGGAAGCGGAAAUGUCGGUGGAGCGCGAGUAGGAAGUGGUGAUCCCUGGAGUGGAGAUGGCGGCGCUUGCUCCGCUACCCCCACUCCCCCCACAAUUUAAGAGCAUACAGCAUCAUCUGAGGACGGCUCAGGAGCAUGACAAGCGGGACCCUGUGGUGGCCUAUUACUGUCGUUUAUAUUCGAUGCAAACUGGAAUGAAGAUUGAUAGUAAAACUCCUGAAUGUCGUAAAUUUUUAUCAAAGCUAAUGGAUCAGUUAGAAGCUCUUAAGAAACAGUUGGGUGAUAAUGAAGCUGUCACUCAAGAAAUAGUUGGUUGUGCCCAUUUGGAGAAUUAUGCACUGAAAAUGUUUUUGUAUGCAGAUAAUGAAGAUCGAGCUGGGCGAUUUCAUAAAAACAUGAUUAAGUCCUUCUAUACUGCAAGUCUUUUAAUAGAUGUCAUAACAGUGUUUGGAGAGCUCACGGAUGAAAAUGUGAAACACAGAAAGUAUGCAAGGUGGAAGGCAACAUAUAUCCAUAAUUGUUUAAAGAAUGGAGAGACUCCUCAAGCAGGUCCUGUUGGAAUUGAAGAAGAUAAUGAUGUUGAAGAAAAUGAAGAUGCUGGAGCAGCCUCUCUGCCCACUCAGCCACCUCAGCCAUCAGCUUCCUCAUAUGACCCAGGCAACAUGGCCACAAGCAGCUUUACUGGAAUACAGAUUCCUCCUGGAGCACAUGCACCAGCUAAUACACCAGCAGAAGUGCCUCACAGCACAGGUGUAGCAAGUAAUACUAUCCAACCUACUCCACAGACUCUUCCAGCAAUUGAUCCCGCACUUUUCAAUAUAGUUGCCCAGGGAGAUAUCCGUCUAACACCAGAGGACUUUGCUAGAGCCCAGAAAUACUGCAAAUAUGCUGGCAGUGCUUUGCAGUAUGAAGAUGUAAGCACUGCUGUGCAGAAUCUGCAGAAGGCCCUCAAGUUACUGACUACAGGCAGAGAAUGAAGCCUUUGUGCAAUAGAUUCAUGCAUUUUUGGCUUAAAGAACUAACAGUCCAUAACUCUAUUUCAGCCAGUCAGGAGCACAGUUUUAAGGAAGACUUCAGUUCCAUUGAACAUAACAAUGAAAUCUGUGUCUGUGUGUCAGAUUCCUAUUGAAGCUUUCAGCAGCAGCCUCAACCAGUUUUCAUUGUCCAUUUAGUGGAUCCAAUAAUCUCUCGGUACAUAAGGCUGAUGUUAGCAAUAUACAAAAAUGCAGAUUGAACCUCCUUCAAAAAAGGGAAAAUACACUUCUAGAAAAUGUGUUGAGAAUAAGCUUUGUAACGUAAUACAUAGAUAUUAAGGAACUUUGUAAUCUGUAAUUUGGACAAACACACUAUAUUAUAUUACUUCAGUAUAAAAUUCUAAAUUUAGCUUUUAAUAAAGAAUGUUUAGAGAUCAUGUUAUUUUUAUCAGGAUUUAUAAAACCAGUUUGAACCUCCUGUACUGUUAAAUCAAUCUGAAAGUAAUGUUCGAAUUCAAUUUCUAUUCAUAUUAAAUGCAUCUACAUUGAAUGUUUAAAUUUUCAUGGCAGGAAACAUGAGGCUAAGAGGCAGACUCACUGUUAAGCUUAAGAAGAAUAAUUUAUAACUACUUUCUGUAAUGCACUGGAACUUGAGGUGAAUUGGUAUUUGUUUCAUUAGCAGUUUGACUGCAUGUAUUAGAGAAUUUAAAAAAAAAGACAUUCAGAGUAAUGCCUGAAACUUGGUGCUUUGAGUUAAGCAUUUCCUCUGCCACUGUGGAAUAGAUUCCAUAGGGUCUGUAGAUAUGAAUAAUGCAGAAGAUUAUAAGAAUUUAGGUUCUCAGUUGUUAAGUUUAUUGUGGGGAAUUAUGUCUCCUGCAUUUGUGCUGUGUAAAAAGUAAAUGCAAAGAUUCUUUUCAGUUCAGCUUACCAGAGAGCCAAAUGUGUGUUUUGGUUUGCAUAUUAUAAUUGCCAUUUUUUUAACUAAUUAUUUUUAGUUAUAGGAAUGAAUGUUUCUAGAGUAAAAGAGACAUGCACUUUUUUUUUAAGAGAAAGAAAUUUGGUAAAUAUGUCUGAAAUUUAUAGUUACUUGCAUUCAUUCCACUAAGAUUGGAAUUGUUUUGACAUAGGGGCAACAAACUCUGGUCCAUAGGAUGACCACGUGUUGUGUAAAUAAAGUUUUAAGACAAAACCAUACCCAUCCAUUUACAGUUUUCAUUCCUGUGGUUGCUUUCCACAACUAUAGAAAUAUAUGACCUGCAAGUCUAAGAUAAGUACGACUUGGUCCUCUAAGAAAGUUUGCUGAUCCCUGUUAUAACAUCCUGUUUGAAAGAAAAUGAAUCAAGUCAUAAUCAUUUGUGACUUCCAAUUUUUCUUUAAGUGUAAUGCUAUUGUAUAGGGUUUGAUAAAAUUAAUAUUCCGACAGAACAAACUUCUAAAUUAUUGCAUGGAAAACCCCAAAAAACACACCUCUUGAAAAACAUUUUCAUAUCUUUACAACUUUUUCCUUCAUGUGGGGUUCAGCAUUUGCAUAUAGAAAUCCAGUGUUACAAUAAAGUACUUUAGAAUUCUCUACAAUUGUGUUGUAAUAGAAAAGUGACUAUGAUGAUCUUCAGUGUUAUCAGAGAUAGAGUUCAGCAAAUUUUUAACUGAACAGUAGAAAGAUAAUGUCAUCUUUCAUCUCACAAGCUGCCUGUUGCUCCCAAAUGGGAGUUGGAAGGAAGAUAAUGUGGAAACCAUCAAGUCCAGUGGUAAGUGUAGUAGCCCAUAGCUGUAAAAGGAAGUAAGACCACUAGCACUAGCUACCUCAGAAUUUGUUGUUAGAACCAAAUGAGGUACUGUAGACAAAUUAGACACUGUAGUAUUUAAUAAGUGUUUACUAACAUUAGUGUUGUAAAAAUAAUAUAAAUUAGUAUUUACCAAAUAGCAGGAAAUUCUAGUUGGCCCAGGGCCCAUUGCUUAAAAAUGCAUUCUUGCAUGAGGACACUGAACCACAUAAUGAUUUUUCUUUUCUUUGUAUUUCUACUCAUCAAAUGUGACAUACAUUUAGAAAUUAUCUGUUGUAUAACACUAGGAUAAGCAAUUUUAAUUUAGUCAUUCAACAUGUAUUUUGAGCAGCUCCUCUGUGCCUGGUAAUGUCCUUUGCAUGAGAAACAAACAAGAAAGAGGAGGGGAAAAACCUGCCUCAGAGUUUAUAUUCUAAUGGAGGGAAAACAGGCAAACUUAAUAAAAGAUAUGUUAUAAAUUGUAUUUCUCCAGUGAUUUUCAAGGGGUAAAUUAUUAGGGCCUAUUCUAGCGCUAGCCAAUCAGAAAUGCUAAGGUUGGGACAUAGCAUUCUGAGUUUUAAGAAAUAUUUCAGGUAGUCUGGCAGGCUCUAAAAUUUUAGUGAAAUUUUAGCCCGACCAAAAUUGCAAAGAUUGAGCCUAUGUGAGGGGAGCAGUAGUGUUCAUCAUGGACCCUGGACUCCCGACCUCAGCAUCAGCUGGAAAUAGAGCUAAAAAUUCCAGGGACCGCACAUCAGGAAUUUUUGUAUUAGAAAGUGGUAAAUGCUAUGGAGAAAGAGUACAGAAUAAAAAGUGUUUAGGUGUGUGUAGAUGUGCAUAUUUAAGUAGGAUAGGUCUCACUGAGGUGACUGAACAAGGAAAGUGGGAAGAAGAGAAUUCCUGGCAGAACAAGAUAAACAGAAGUGAGAAGGUCUAGGUGAGGAAGGCUGUGAAUGAGCCACAAGGCUUAGGACCCAGUAGACUUCCUAUAAGACUUAAUUUUUACUCUAAGCAAGAUGGGGAGCUACUGAAAAGGUUUUGAACUGAAGAGUAUCCUGAUCUGACUUAACUUUAUCACAAU